AUGGCCGCCAACAUCAACCACAACAGCAAUGUCUCGCCGCCGCUCUCCACAUACCAACACCUGAUGAGUCGAUCCCAAGAACUGAGUUAUGUGCAAGCCCUGAAGACGCAUCAGAUGACGCGUUUGGAUCACAUCCGCAACGAGACCCAGAAGUUGGACAACCAUUUGACGGCUCUUCGCAAAGACGUGCAACUCUUGGAGAGCCAAAGACGGCGCACGACUGCCGACAAGUGGACAACUCAGGUGACGGCUCUGCGCGAAGACAACCGCGCGCUGCGCAUCGAAUGCCACUGUCUGUCGAUGGAAGUGGAUUUGUACGCCUCCGGAGGAAUGCCUUUGGGCGUCACCGACGAGAACUUCUACAAGAAU